UCAAAAUAUGGGCAAUUCAAAAGCUAACGUUACGCCUCGCGCCGCGGCGUUUACAGUUGUAUCCGCAUACAAGGAGGGAACGGACGUCUCAGGUGAGUUGUCUUAAAAAAAAACAAAACAUAGCCGGUGACUAUGGCCGAUACCGACUCCGGUGAUACCUCCGAGCGUUACGAGUUUGAUGCCCCGUCUCACGUAGUCGACUUCAAGGAGUUGUUGGAUGCAGAAACUGACGACGAGUGGUUUGAACAACAGGCCGGUGAAGCAGAUGGGCAGCUUGUCCAGCUUGUCACACCAUUAAGACCAGACCAGCCCUGUCCCAAUGCUGGGACUGCAACAACCCCUCAAGUAGGGAGUGUUGUUGACUCUGGUCCCAGUACAUCCACAUCUCCACCUUCAAACAUCGUCACAACCUGGGGCACUCAGAAUAAGCCCCAACAGAGGAGGGCGGCUAAUCAACCUCCUGCGCAGCCACGCAGGGUUUCAAAACGUAAAGAGAUGACAAGUGGUCCAGCGGCACCGCCCUCAAAGAAGCACAAAGAGAGUCCAGUUGUCCGAAGAUCCAGGAGCGGGAAGCUAAAUUCAAGUCUUGGUUUCCGGAGGAGUGAGCGACUGAAUUCUCGGGCUGCACUCAAGUCACACGCAGCGUCUUCCACCUCCACAAAGACCGAACAAAAUACGUCUGAAGAACAGGAGCUGGUGCGGAUCAGGGCCCUCCAGAACGAAGUGGCUCUGCACCGCAAGCAGAACGAAGCCAGCUACAAGGCUGCUCUGGCCGGCAAUCCACCACCAAAGAAGAUGAUCCUGUCCACGACUGUACCCAAAGACUUUCACUUCAGCACAGACAGCCGGGUUAAGGGGUCUGCUUCGUCCAAGACGUCCCAGAAGGAAGUGGAUUUUAUCAGUCAGCUCCGCAAACCAGCCUCUCCAGCAAAGGCCAGGAAAGGUGCCACCGUGCCCAAACCUUUCAACUUGUCAAGGGGCAACAAAAGAAAAGCGGAAGAGACGGAUGCGUAUGUGCCCAUCGCUCAGCAGAUCGAGCAGUUCCAGAAGAGAACUCCCACCCGCUACCACCUGCACAGUCGCAGAAGUCACGAAAGAGGGCCAUCCCCAUUGAAGGGUGACCACUUAAAGCUCACCCAGCCUCACUCCCCUCACCUGAUAACCCGCCAGAGGAACCGGCCGCCCACCGUUAAGAGCAGCGCUGACAUAGAGGCUGAAGAAUUGGAAAAACUUCAAAAGUUUAAAAUCAAGCCAGUGGAGUUGAAUAAGAAGAUACUGGAGAGCGCAGAGGACCUGAAGAAGCCCUCCGUGAAGGAACCCACCGUACCCCAGGGGUUCGAGCUGGAAAUUGAAAAACGGCUCCAGGAGAGACAGGCGACCAAGAAGCCCCAGGAAGGCGACGAGAAGCCCCACAACUUCACAGCCAAGCCUCUGCCCAAGAAGGUCCUGGAAGGAGUCGUGGGAUUGCCAGAGAAGAAGGUUCCUUUCCCAACUGUGCCGGAGUCCCCAGCGUUUGCCCUCAAGAAGAGGGUCCGCAUGGGUCGCAAGGUUGAAGAAGUAAAACCACCAUCACCAGUUAAAGCCCCCCAGGUGCCUCACUUCGGCCUCCCCUUCCAGCCACGGCUGCCAGAGCACCGCCACGUGGAGGUCCUUCCUUUUUCCUUUGAGCAGAGGGAACAAGAGAGAAGGGCACUGAAAGAGAAGAGGCUGGAGGAGAAGCGAAAUGAAGAGGUGCCGCAGUUCAAGGCUCAGCCCCUGCCAGAUUUCGACACCGUGGUUCUCCCCGAGAAGAAGAAGCUGGAGCCGACGAAGCCGGAGCCUUUCAGGCUGCUAAUAGACGAGAGAGGAGCCGUGAAAAACACUCGCUGGGAACAGACUGUAAAACGAGAGCAGAAAGAGCAAGAGGAGGCGGUGAAAUUCAAAGCCAGGCCCAACGUGGUCACUCAUAAAGAGCCUUUCAGGCCCAAGAAGGAGGGCCGGACUGCAGUGGAAGGCAUCCGUUCUUCUACAGUUGUGGAGGCCUUCGAGCUGGCGACGGAGCGCCGGGCCCGGGAGUGGCAGGAGUACGAGCGUCUGGCCAACGAGAAGGAGGCUCUGAGCGCACGGAUGGAGGAGGAGCAGAGACGGGAGCAGGAGCAGAGGGAGAAGGAGGAGAUCAUCAGGCUGCGGCAAGAACAGGUCCACAAGGCUCAGCCCAUCAGACACUACAAACCUGUGGCCGUGAAGAAGAGCGAGGUUCCUCUCACCAUCCCAGAGUCGCCAAACUUCUCCGACCGCUUCCGCUUGUGAUCGUCCCGCCUCGCGUCCACGCGUAUUUUAUUUUUCUUUCACGUGUUUUUUUUUUUUUUUUAUUAUUAUUUGUUCCCUGAAAAACAUAUUAUCUCUAACAGUGUUAGUCAAUGUAACGGUCAAUCUGUUUUUAUCUCUCAAACGUUGACCUUUAGAUUUAAGUAUAAACUGUACAUUCUUACUCACAUUCCUCCUGCUUUUUUUUUUUAUUUUAUUUUUUACUCCUUUUUUUUUUUUUUUUAAAUAAAAUUCCUCACAGCCAUUUUAACUGUGCAUGUUUUGCAUAAAAUUAACAGAAAUCUACUGGUAAGUUUGGCCCCAAGCAGUUUUUCCUGCGUCCGUGAUGAACUGAAGGAAAAAUGUGUAAUAUAUUAGAAAUAUAUGUUUUUUUUUUCCUCUGUAUCGCUUGAGUCAGACUUUGAUUGUUUUUCUGGAAUUUAAAUCCUUUUGUCGUAUCAAGUUUUGUCCUUUUCUUCCUACAUGUUUAAGACUGUACCUGUUUUUAAGGUCCUUCAUUAAAACCACCUUUCAGUCCUCAA